AGGCGGCGGUCAAAGCUCCGUCGUGUCAUUGCGACUCAAAAAACUUCCCCUCUCCCUCUCUUUCUUUCCUCCAUCCUCCUCAAAAUGCUGGCCAUUUCUCGUCCCCUGACUCGUGUGACGACCAGCUCUGUUCGCCGGGCCGCGUGCGUCUCGACGUGGUCGACCGUUCCCGCUGGUCCUCCCGAUCCUAUCUUAGGUGUAACGGAGGCUUUCAAGGCCGACAAGGAUCCGAGGAAGAUCAACCUUGGUGUCGGCGCGUACAGGGACGAUAAGGGAAAGCCUUAUGUACUCAACUGCGUGAAGAAGGCCGAGGAGAUCUUGACUACGUCGAACCCGGACAAAGAGUACCUUCCCAUCGCCGGUCUUCCCGAGUUCACGAAAAACGCUGCCAAAUUGGCCUAUGGCGCCGACAGCGCACCGUUUGCGUCCAACUCUGUUGCCGUAGUCCAGUCCAUCUCCGGGACCGGUGCCCUCCGGAUCGGCGGUGCUUUCCUUGCUCGGUUCUACCCGCAUAGCAAGACCAUCUACUUGCCAACUCCCAGUUGGGGCAACCACACGCCCAUCUUCAGGGACUCUGGCCUCGAGGUCAAGAACUAUCGUUAUUUCGACAAGAAGACCGUUGGUUUAGACUUUACAGGUCUGAAGGAGGACUUGAAGAAUGUCCCGGAGAAAUCCAUCGUCCUUCUGCACGCUUGCGCCCACAACCCCACCGGUGUUGACCCCACUCCCGAGCAAUGGAAGGAAAUCUCCGACAUCUUCAAGGAGAAGCAACUCUUCCCAUUCUUCGACAUGGCCUACCAAGGCUUCGCCUCCGGUGACACUACCCGCGACGCUUUCGCCGUCAGGUAUUUCGUCGAGCAGGGCCACCAGAUCGCGCUCUCUCAGUCGUUCGCCAAGAACAUGGGGCUGUACGGCGAGCGUGUCGGCGCGUUCUCUUUGGUUACCGAGAGCCCCGAGGAGAAGGCCCGCGUGGAAAGUCAGUUGAAGAUCGUGAUCCGACCGAUGUACUCCAACCCGCCGCUGCACGGCGCCAGGAUCGCCAACACGAUCCUGAGCGACUCGGCGCUUUACGGCGAGUGGGAGAAGGAGGUGAAGGGCAUGGCUGACCGGAUCAUCUCCAUGAGGGAGAAGCUGUACAACAUGCUCAGCGGCGAUUUGAAGACGCCAGGAGAGUGGAGCCACAUCAAGAGCCAGAUUGGCAUGUUCAGUUUCACUGGCCUGCAGCCUGCCCAGACCAAGGCUCUGGCGGAGAAGGCCCACAUCUACAUGACCGCCGACGGGCGUAUCUCCAUGGCCGGCUUGAACGGUGGUAACAUCGAGUACUUUGCCGAGAGCGUGAACAAGGCUGUCAGAGGUGACCUGUAAUUUCUGGAUGUUGUAAUGUUGGUCAUCGGCAUAUCGUGUAUUUAUGAGAUUUGAAUGACAUCUUUGGAGGCUUUUGGAAUAUACU